CUUUGUGGGAGAUGAAGAUCUGCUUGAGAUUAUGGGUAAUAGCAAGGAUAUCACACGUCUACAAAAGCAUCUCAAAAAGAUGUUCGCUGGUGUUACAGCCAUCGAUGUUGGAGAGGAGGAUCGCAUAAUUACUGCACUUCACAGCCGCGAAGGUGAGAGAGUGGAUCUUGUUCAACCCGUCCAUACGAAAGAUGUUCGUAUAAAUGAUUGGUUGAAAGCACUGGAAGCUGAAAUGAAGCAUACUUUGGCUAGGCUUUUGGGUCAGUCGCUGAUACAUUUCUCAAAGUUGGAUAUUGAUACGGUAAAUCCUGAUGAGUACAUGGAAUGGCUGGACAAAUAUCCGGUGCUGAAAGAUCAGCCACCAAUUAGAAGAAAGAAGAUUGAGGCAUUGAUUACGGAAUUUGUACACAAAAGGGAUACCUGCAGAAGACUCGCGGCCGAUGAAGUGAAGAGCCAGACCGAUUUUGGCUGGUUGCAGUGCAUGCGGUUCUACUUCGAUCCGAAACAGCCUGAUGCAGCUCGUUGUUGUGUCGUGAAAAUUGCAAAUGCCCAGUUCUAUUAUGGAUUUGAGUAUCUGGGAAUUCAAGAAAGACUUGUUCGUACACCACUUACAGACCGUUGUUAUUUGACGAUGACGCAGGCUUUGCACUCCAGGCUCGGUGGUUCUCCAUUCGGUCCAGCCGGUACAGGAAAAACCGAGUCCGUUAAGGCACUUGGUCAUCAGCUUGGGCGAUUUGUAUUGGUGUUCAACUGUGACGAAACGUUCGAUUUCCAAGCCAUGGGUCGUAUUUUGGUCGGUCUGUGUCAAGUUGGUGCCUGGGGAUGCUUUGACGAGUUCAAUCGUUUGGAAGAGCGUAUGCUGUCUGCUGUAUCGCAGCAGAUUCAGACUAUACAGGAGGCUGUCCGUGCAGGUGGUGAAAUGACAGUUGACUUGGUUGGAAAACGACUGAAUGUGAAUCCUAAUAUUGGUAUCUUCAUCACCAUGAAUCCUGGUUAUUCUGGAAGAUCAAAUUUGCCGGACAACUUGAAACAGUUGUUCCGAAGCUUGGCCAUGACCCAACCUGAUCGCCAGCUCAUCGCCCAAGUUAUGCUGUUCUCGCAAGGGUUCCGUACUGCUGAGGUCCUUGCGAACAAGAUUGUUCCGUUGUUCAUCCUUUGUAAAGAGCAGCUAUCGUCUCAAUGUCACUACGAUUUUGGCCUUCGUGCGUUGAAGUAUGUGCUUGUAUCGGCAGGAAAUGUCAAGCGUGAUAAGCUCGCUAAGAUGGGAUCAGCAGCAUUGGAAGAUGUGGCUGAGCAACAGAUGCUUAUCCAAUCCGUUUGCGAGACGUUGGUGCCAAAACUUGUGAGCGAAGAUAUUGCCCUGCUCUUCUCGCUGCUAUCCGACGUCUUCCCAUCGAUUCACUAUACACCAAACCAGAUGGUCGAGUUACGUCAGCAUGUGGCUCAAGUAUGCGACGAGCUCAUGCUCUGUCAUGCCGAUGUCACCGGUGAACUGGGAGCUGCAUGGAUUGAAAAAGUACUGCAGCUUUAUCAGAUCACCAACCUCAACCAUGGUCUUAUGCUUGUCGGUCCAAGUGGUAGUGGAAAAACCAGCGCUUGGAAGGUGCUGCUGAAAGCACUGGAACGGUUCGAGAAGAUCGAAGGAGUGGCCCAUGUCAUCGAUGCGAAGGCGAUGAGCAAAGAUGCUCUGUAUGGUGUGCUUGAUCCGAAUACACGUGAAUGGACGGAUGGAUUGUUCACGUCGGUCAUCAGAAGAAUAAUUGAUAACGUCCGUGGCGAAAGCGAAAAACGUCAAUGGAUUAUUUUCGACGGUGAUGUGGAUCCGGAAUGGGUUGAAAAUUUGAACUCAGUACUCGACGACAACAAAUUGCUUACCUUGCCCAAUGGAGAGCGUCUUGCGAUCCCACCAAAUGUACGCAUUAUAUUCGAAGUCGCUGAUCUGAAAUACGCUACCUUGGCUACGGUAUCGCGUUGCGGUAUGGUAUGGUUCAGUGAUGAGGUCAUAACAACUGAAAUGAUGUUUGAACACUACCUGGCUCGCUUACGCAACGUUUCUAUUGAAAGUGACGCAGUGAUUGCCGAAGAUGCAGCUCCUACUCGAUCAGUGACCAUUCAAAGGCAGUGUGCUGCUUCACUUCAGUCGCAUUUCUCUCCAGGUCUGAACUUAAUUGAUACUAGGCUUUGA